GAUAUUGAUUUCCACAAAAAUAAAUAAAAUAUUUUUUUACUGACCCAUCCUUUAUUUAAAAAUAAUAAACAUUGCUGUUGCUGUUACAGUAAGGCAUUUACAAUGGAAGUGAAUGGGGCCAGUCCAUAAACACUAAAAUACAGAUAGUUUCACAAGUAUAACCACAAAACACACAUUAUACACUUUUGAGUAAUAACGUAUUUUUAUUACUAGCCUAUAUUAUGUAAAGUUAUAUCUUAAAUUACAUAUUUGUCAUCACGAUAAUGAAACCUUGUGAUCCUGUCAUUGGAUAUAAAUUUACACAGAUAAGGCUAGUAAAUGAUUUUAUCACACUAAAAUCAUGUCAACAUAUGUUUUUGUACCGUGGUUAUACUUUUGAAACUGUGUAUUUUAUUGUACAUGGACUGGCCUCAUUCAGGAUAAAUUAUUUUUUUGUGGCAAGCAAUAUUAUGGCAUAAAUGCUCUUGAUUGAUCUUAAUUUGUAUUGAAUUCUUCUGGUAAUAUAUAUAGAAUUUCCAAAUUAGUAAUUACAGCUGGUAGUCUGACAUGUUUUGAUGAAAUUAGUACAUUACCAAAACAUUGUUUAGUGAAAAUUGGUAGUGUUAAUGCUGCCAUCUGCAGGUUAACAUGAGCCUGCAUGUUGAGUUCAUUAGUUGUAGUUAUCCAGCAGAACCCAGUAGAACCCUGACUAAUUUAAACAAGCAAAAAUAUUACCUUUAGCAAAAAGGAGGACAAAAAAGAGGAAAUAAAGAAAGACGAGAAAGAGAAGGAUGAAAAGGAUGAGAAAAAAGAUGGUGAUAAGAAAGAGGAGAAAAAAGAUGGUGACAAGAAAGAGGAGAAAAAAGAUGAGAAAAAGGAUGAUAAGAAAGACGAUACAAAGAAAGAGGAGCCCCCGUGAGUAUGCCACAAAUGAUAUUUUAGUAGCAAUAGUAGUUUUACUAGUAGGCUAUUAGUCAGAGCACAACAUUGAUUAUUUCAUAGUCAUUUGUCUUUCCUUGAAACUUGUAUUUUAGUGUGUGCUUUUUUUUUUUUCUUUGAAAGAGGUCUGAAGAUAAACUAGUAUUUGUGUUGUAGGAAAGAAAUUUGGAUCAUGGACCCAGCCACAGACAGAUAUUAUAGAUGGCUCUCAGUCAUAGCAGCACCAGUUUUUUAUAACCUGAUGAUGCUGGUUACAAGGUCUGUUCAUAUCUCUAAUGAAAUCAAUAACUUAAGAUGUGUGGAUAGAUGUGCUAUGUGCAUCAUUGUACAUAUUUGUUGCAGAGCCUGUUUCAAUGAGCUUCAGAACUCAUAUACAACGCUUUGGAUGAUCCUGGACUUUACAUCGGAUGUAAUCUACUAUACAGACACAUUUGUCAGAUCAAGAACAGGUUUCUUGGAGCAGGGCCUUCUUGUUAAAGAUGCCAAGAAGUUGAUGGAUCAUUACAAGAAAAUCCCCCAGUUCAAAUAUGACAUGCUUUCCAUGAUUCCAACAGAUUUAUUGAUGCUCAAAGUGGGAUACAACAAUCCUGAACUUCGUUUAAACCGUCUCUUCAAAAUGGCUCGUUUGUUUGAGUUUUUUGACCGCACAGAAACCAGAACAAACUAUCCAAACAUUUUUCGUAUCAGCAACCUUGUACUUUACAUCCUGAUUAUUAUUCACUGGAACGCUUGCAUUUUUUUUGCCAUUUCCAAAACUAUAGGCUUCGGGACUGACACAUGGGUCUAUCCAAACAUCAGCCACCCUGAAUAUGGCCGUUUGGCCAGAAAAUACAUCUACUGUCUAUACUGGUCCACUCUCACCCUUACCACCAUUGGAGAAACUCCACCACCAGUUAGAGACAUUGAAUAUUUGUUUGUGGUUGCUGACUUCCUCAUUGGUGUGUUGAUUUUUGCUACCAUCGUUGGUAACGUUGGUGCCAUGAUCUCCAACAUGAAUGCUUCUCGAGCUGAAUUCCAGGCAAAGAUCGAUUCUAUCAAGCAAUACAUGCAGUUCCGUAAGGUCAGCAAAGAUUUGGAGGCUAGGGUCAUCAAAUGGUUCGACUACCUUUGGACGGAGAAGAAAACGUGUGAUGAGAAGGAAGUCUUAAAGAACCUCCCAGACAAACUCAAAGCUGAGAUUGCCAUCAACGUCCAUUUAGACACACUGAAGAAGGUGCGAAUCUUCCAGGAUUGCGAAGCUGGACUGCUUAUUGAGUUGGUGUUGAAGCUUCAGCCUCAGGUGUUCAGUCCUGGAGAUUACAUAUGUAAGAAGGGUGACAUAGGACGAGAAAUGUACAUCAUCAAAGAAGGAAAGCUUGCUGUGGUGGCUGAUGAUGGUAUCACACAGUUUGUGGUGCUCAGUGAUGGUGCUUACUUUGGAGAAAUCAGUAUCCUUGGAAUAAAAGGCAGUAAAGCUGGAAACAGAAGAACGGCGAACAUUCGUAGUGUUGGCUACUCUGACCUUUUUGCCCUGUCUAAAGAUGACCUCAUGGAAGCACUUACGGAAUACCCUGAUGCCAAAAAAGCCCUGGAGGAGAAAGGAAAGGCCAUCUUAAGGAAGGACAACCUUCUUGAUGAGGCUGUGGCAGCCGCAGGCGCGGAUCCCAAAGAUCUGGAGGAUAAGAUUCAACGCCUGGAAGGCAACAUUGAUAUUAUGACUACCAAAUUUGCCAAACUCAUGGCAGAGUACACGUCUUACCAGAGCAAGAUCAAACAAAGGAUCGCUAACAUGGAGAACAAAGUGAAAACAAUACGAGUGGAGGAUCUGUCUGAAGUGGUCGAGGACAAAAAGGAAGAAGACAAAAAGACAAAAUAAUCAAGUUGACAUAUAUGAAAGC